AAUAAAUUAAAUUUUUUAUUAGUUCGAUUCCGAGUGUUUAUUUUCUUCAAACAUACAUCAUCGAAAUAUGUCGGAUGCAAAGAUACAAAAAAGGAAACAAUAUAGAAGCUCUGCAAAGAAAGGAGGCAAGAAGAAGAAAGUGUCAUUGAAAUUUACGAUCGAUUGUAAUAAUCCAGUUGAAGAUGGGAUUAUGGACGCAGCUGAUUUAGAAAAAUAUCUUAAGGAGAGAAUAAAAGUUAAUGGCAAAACUGGAUAUAAAGGUAAAGACCUUAAUUUAGAAAGAAAUAAGGCUAAAGUAACAGUUAUAUCUGAAAUUCCAUUCUCAAAAAGAUAUUUAAAGUACCUUACAAAAAAAUAUCUUAAAAAACAUAACCUGCGAGAUUGGUUGAGAGUUGUGUCAAAUGGCAAAGAUAGUUAUGAACUCAGAUAUUUCCAAAUCAACAAUGAAGAGAAUGAGGAUGAAGAAGGAGAUGAAUAAAUUUAUACUUGAUAUAAAUAUAUUUAAUAAAAGGAUAUAAAUAAAAGUUUGAAUUUUGUUUUCCAAAUAAAAAUGUUAAAAGCCUUAA